AUGAAAAAUAUCACCACCUUCUUGCUGAUUAUUUUGUUAGUUACUGUUGAUGCUCGAAGAUCAACUAAAAAGUCUUCUGUACGUAAAUCACCACGAAGAUCACUUAAAUCAAAUUCUUUUUCAACAAAAAUAAGAAGCGCUAAGAGAAAGGUAACUGCUAAGGCUGUUCAAAUAAGAAGAGGCACACAAAAACGAUUAAAGGUUACAAACCAACUUUCAGACAUUCGAAAAAAAGGAAAAAAGUUUGCGGUUAAGACUUUAAAAAAUGCAUUUAAUUCCGCAAAAAAGCUUAAAAAUAAUUCUCUCAAAAAAGUAUUAGGAAAAGAGCGACUCAUUAAACGUAAUAAUAAAAAAGGAUUGAGUAAUAGAAAGAAAUCAUUAACAAAUAUUUUUAAUAAAGGGAAAAAAAAAUCAAAUAACAUUCUUAACAAAGUAUCUAAGAAAGGUAAGAAUGUAAUUAAAAACGUAAAAAGUAUUUUAAAAAAAGGUAAAAAUACUGUUAAAGGUAUAGUUAAGAAGGGUAAAAAUCAAAUUAAUACUCUCAAAGAAGCAUCUAAAGAUAGAGGAAAAGACAAACUUAAAACAUUAAAAGAAAAUGCUUUAAAGAAGGGAAAGACUGUUAUUGAUGCUGCUAAAAAGAAAGGAAAAAAGAUUGCAAAUACCUUAACUUCAAAGUUAGCUAAGGCUCAAAAUAAAAAGGAAAAUGUUAAAGAAGUAAUCAAGGGUGCUUAUGAAACAUGGAAAAAACAAAAUAACCAAGACUCAUCAAAUAGCUUUGUAAACGAACAAACAAGUGGAUCAUCUGGAUACUCUGGAACAACUGGAAGUUCUGAAUAUUAUGAUGGAUAUAGUCCAAGUAGUACUUCAACAGGAUCAAGUAGUUCAAGCACAGGAAUAUCUGGUAAUGGAGCUAACAUACCCAACACACCAACAACUAACAUACCCAACACACCAACCACUGACAGUACUAAUACACCAACAACUGACAAUACUAAUACACCAACCACUGAUACAUCUACUAACCCAAUAACAACCACUGAAAAUCCUCCAAGUCCAAUUCUUCAAUGGAAAUUUGCUAAUCCAGCCAUAAAGGGAUGGGGUUGUUGUUUCCUUGCAGCCUGUUAUAUUGGAGGGUUAAAUACCUAUGAGCAAAUUAAUGACUGUUAUGACUGGGCUGUUGCCAAUAAAAGAAUCCGGGGUAGUGAUUGUUAUGUCUAUGGAAAAGAGCAAUUAGCAAUUGAUAUUGCCAAACACUAUGGAACACCAUAUCAUGUUGGUGAUACAUUUGAUAAAAACUCUCAUCAUUAUUGGGUAAUAGAUAGUACUGGAAAGGAAGUCUACAAUUCAUGUGGUAUUGGAUGGAGAGGAGAUUAA